CUUCCUUGGGGUGAAAAAUGUAUCCUUAAAGCAUUCUGAUUGUUAAAAAAGAAAACUUGAGUUACCUAACCAAAGCAGACGCAAGAUUUUGUUUCUGCAGACUACUUGGCAAUCAAAAGUGAUCAUCACUUUAAUCAGUUUUUAGAAAGUUGCUUUGUGAGAAAAUUGUGUUUGAUAUAUUUUCCCAAACAUGAAUUUUGUGGAAGGUUUUCCAGCAUUGUGAUUGAAUCAGAUGUUAGAAAUGGGGGGGUGGUGGAUUUAGCACAAAAAGAGCGGUUGCACACUCAUGAUGGCCACUGUAGCAUCAUGAGAAAUUUACCGAUUACUGCAAGUCUGAUUUAAGAAAAUACACUUUCUUCAUGAUAAACUAGGAACAACAUAGGAAUGGAUUGGUGGGGUUACCUCGGGCAUUCACUUGUAUAUAGCUAUUUGAAAAGACUUGUAUGAGGGUGAAUAUCAUCAUGCUAGGCAAAAUUGUCACAUUUAGGACAGCUUUUUUUUGAUCACUAAGCCAAAAGUCACUGUUGAUCAGAAACAUAGCAAAAAAAAACAAACAAAAAAACCCCCAGUAUGACAUAGUCUAUUUAAGGGGAGAAAUUAAAAAGUAGAAGGACUUCAUGCAUUUAGGUGAGGGAGCUAUCCCCCUGGAGUAAAUGAUUGCUCAGGUUCCUAAAACUUCCAAGAAUACCCACCAUGGUUUGUUUUCUCCCCAGUGAUGUACACUGUAAAAUUUUUAUCUGACCGUAGGAAUUCAGUGGUGGGUAUAAAAUGAAUGAAUAAAGAAGUAACAGUACAUAAAAUGAACAGACUUCUGGGGAUGGUGUUUCAAAGUGUAGUAUUAAUUACGCAGUAAUACCACUCAAUAGGGCAUGCCACUACUUUCUUGAGAUGCUAAUUAUAAACCAAUGUUUAAAGACAUUUUUAACUGUGGGCAAAUUAGAUGGACUUUUUUGUCUGUCACUUUUUAAAAAAGUACUUAAGAUGUAAGUUUUAUUAGUACCACAGUCUGCCUUCAGUAAUAUGCCUAAAAUAUUUUUCAGGACCAGGAGCAUUCAGUUGAAAGAAACAAAUCUUUUUUAUGAAUGCAAAACAGUAUUAUAAUUAAUGCCCUGGUCCAAAAUUAGGUUUUUAAUGAUAUUAACAGUAGUCUGAUAAACAUUUAGAAGUCUGGCAUUGAGAAACAAAAGCUUGUACCUGACUAGUAUUUUUAUUAAAAAAAAUUAGUUCUGUUAGCUUAUUUAAAUUCUCUUACAUUUAUUUAUCUGUAGAAUUUAUAUUUAUUUCAUUCCUUUUAUCUCACUGAAAACUGUCUGCAGGCUCUCUGAUUUGGAUUAGAUGUGUGAAGUACUGUCUUUUGCCAAAAACCUCAAAUUACCUGUUCUUUUCAACGUAGUGGGUUUGUGCUUGUUUGGAGAUCAGUUCAAAAACUAUCUGUACUAUCUGUACUGCCUCUGAUGUUAAGAUUUUAUGUAUAGCAUAAGGAAGCUAGCUCUGACUAUAUUUUCCUAAGAAUAAAGACCUAUUUUUGUAGCAUG